CGACCCCUCUUGCAUAAAACGAAUUAAAAAAAAACCACAACAAACAAAUAAGUGGAAGAACCUGCUAAACUCUCAACUAAACCGAACUACAUUGAGGGGAACCAGUAAACACAACAAAAUCUAUACAACAAAUUUAGUUGUCUAACAGCGAUUGUAUCAGAAAGGUGUAUUUUGUUUUGAAAACGCUACAAAAAAAAGUAAUCAAAAGUUUUGGUCAUUCAAUUUAUUUAUUCAUUAUUAUUAUUUUUAUUACAUAAACAAAAGUUAAUAACUAAACAAAAUGACUAAACCCAUUUUAUAUAUGGCUACAUUGAGUCCACCCUCAAGAGCUGUUAUGCUUACAGCCAAAGAGAUUGGUUUGGAAUUGGAAUACAAACCCAUUAAUCUCCUCAAGGGUGAACAUUUAACACCGGAAUUCAUAAAAAUGAAUCCCCAACAUACCAUACCCACUUUGGUGGAUGGUGAUGCCACGCUCUACGACUCCCAUGCCAUUUGUUCCUAUUUGAUAGAGAAAUAUGCUAAAGAUGAUAAAUUAUAUCCCAAGGAUCUAUUAAAACGUGCUCAAGUAGAUGCUCGUCUUCACUUCGAUUCCGGUCAUUUAUUUGCUCGUCUACGUUUCCUCUACGAACCUAUACUCUAUUUUGGUUCUACCGAUUGUUCUAUUGAUAAAAUUGCCUACAUACAAAAAUGUUGGGAAAUUAUGGAACAAUUCCUGAAAGAGCAUCCUUAUGUGUGUGGCGAUGAUAUGACUAUUGCUGAUUUUUGUUGUGUAGCUACUAUAACAUCGGUUAAUGAAGUGGCACCUAUAGAUGAGUUUAAAUUUCCUAAUUUAAGAGCUUGGCUAAAACGUAUGUCUGAAUUGCCCUACUAUAAGGAUACGAAUGAAGAGGGUGCCGAAGAGUUGAAGAGAAUUUUCAAAGAAAAAUUGGCUGAAAAUCGUGGAGCCAAGUAGGAAUGAAAUUUUAUAAACAUUUUAUAAUUAAAUAUGUAAUAAUAUUAUUAAAAGAAAUAUAGGUUUUUAACAUUAUCUUAUGCAAUAAAUUGAAAAUUAUAUAAAAAAUA